AUGUUUCCAACACCUGAUUUAUCUCAUUUUACACGAAAUGAUUAUAAUGAAAUUUAUGAACCAGAUGCUGAUACAUUUCUACUUCUUGAUGCACUUGAAUUAAAAUUAAAUAAAAUUCUUGAACAAAAACCUUUUAUUAUUCUUGAAUUUGGUUGUGGUUCAGGUUUAGCAACAACAUUUAUUGCUAAACAUUUUUGUCCAUCAUCAUGUCUUUUUUUUGCUAUUGAUAUGAAUCCAUAUGCAUGUUAUUCAACUAGAAGAACAUUUCAACAAAAUAAUGUUCAUAAUAAACAUUGUUUAAAUAUAAUACAACGAGGGUGUGGUGUUUAG